CAUUCCUUGGCUCGGCCCGGAAGUAACUUCUUCGUUUUCUCGAGACGCCUCCAACCAGUUCAGUUGGUCGAACCUAAUCAAAAUAUUGGUCAUAUACUGUUCAUGUGACACCGUGACUAUUUAAAAUACAUUUACCGUUAACUUAAAUCAUAUUAGUAAUGCCCGUCAGCCUCGACUUGUAUGUCCCUGCCCGGUUUAACAUGGUGAACGCGGAUGAAAUCGCUAAGUUGUGCUACGAGCGUUUCAACCAGCUUCCCCGGAGAGGGAAGCCUGAGCCGGGCAGAGAGUGGACCCUGCUGGCCGCUGUGGUCAAAAUCACGCGGUGUGCUAACUCUGACACAGUUGAAAAGGAGGUUGUUUCCCUGGGAACUGGGACCAAAUGUAUUGGACAGACAGCUAUGAGUCCCAAUGGUGACGUACUUAACGACAGCCAUGCAGAAGUCAUUGCCAGAAGGGGAUGCAUCAGGUACCUGAUCCAGGAGCUGCACAGGGCCGUGAGUGAUGGGGACAGCUCUGUGUUUUGUCAGGCAGAUCAGCGGGGGAAGUGGAGGCUUCAGCCGGGAGUUUCCUUCCUCUUCUUUACCAGUCAUACUCCCUGUGGUGACGCCUCCAUCAUCCCCAUGUCUGACAGCCAGUCUCAACCCUGCCCUCCUGUCAAGGUUGUCACAUCUGUAAAAGGUCAUGAAGGGACUGAUGGAGGAGGAGAUCUGAAAAGGAAAGCUGAGGAACCAAGUGAAGGGAAAAACACUAAACUGCCCUGUCUGGAGGAACAGGAGACAGCAGAGACAAAGCUAGAGGACAGAGGAGACACAAAACAAUCCUUCCUUUCAAAUUCAUCCAAAAGUAAAGAUCCAUCACAGAGUCACUCUGCAAAAACACCUGUGGAAACUGCCUCACAAGAUUCAGCACAGCUGGAGAUAAAACGCAAAGGCCCCUAUGACAGUGCUGGACUGCAUCCACAGGUCCCAGACAUUCACAGAACGGGGGCCAAGUGUGUCCCGAGUGGCCCAACCGACCCUCUGCACCCUGGGGUGGGGUACCACAGCACAGGGGUGCUCCGGGUGAAGCCCGGGCGAGGAGAGCCGACUCUGUCCCUCUCCUGCAGUGACAAGCUGGCCCGGUGGGGGGUGCUGGGCUUCCAGGGCGCACUGCUGUCCCAUUACCUACAGGAGGCGCUCUACUUCAGCACUGUGGUGGUGGGGAAGUGUCCAUACAGCCAAGAAGUUAUGCAGAGAGCUUUGGUCACAAGAUCCUCCCAUGUAUCGGACCUCCCCGCUGGUUUCUCUGUGUGUCCACCUGUGCUGCUCCAGUCCAGCCUGGAGUUCCCCUUCAGCCAGGCGCAGACCGAGCUCCGACACCAGGCCGGACAGGGACGCAUCUCCCCCUGUGGGGCAGCCAUCAGCUGGUGUAAUGUGACUGAGCAGCCACUAGAUGUCACUGCCAACGGCUACAAACAUGGAGUCACCAAGAAGGCCCUUGGCACAGCUAAAGCCAGGUCUCUUCUGUGUAAACUGGAGCUUUUUCAUUCCUUCCUGUCUCUGGUAUCGGCCACUGACCCUUCAGCACUUCCAGAAUCUCUCAGGAGAACAGAGCUGCAGACCUACUGGGACUACAAGCAGGAUUCUCAGUUGUACCAGCAGGCCUGGCAGCAGCUACACAACCAGGCUUUCCCUCUGUGGCCACGCAGUGACAGAGAUCUCCUGCUCUUCCACUGAAAGCCCACUCUGAAAUAGUUUUUCUCCCAGAAUUUGACUCUUGUCAGGGUGGAAGGGCCUGUGAAACUCACAUUUCAAACAAAAGAUGGAAGUAACAGACAUACUGGUGGAAAAAAAAAUAUUCUGAAUCAUGUUCAUCAUGUCACACUUUUAAUGAAAGGACAAACGUGACAACUCUAAUUUCCAGUGUUCAUUUCUUAACACCUGUUGGGUCAGCUGAUCAAUCUGGAUAAAUAUUGUUUGGCUAUAUUUGACUCUUAACCCAGGAUGUCACUGCUUGCAACAGCAGGACACCCUGCUCUGUCAUGCUGUUCCAAGAGGUUGAUGACCGCUCUUCAGUGUCCUCAGAUGAUAGUUUUAUUUUCAAAAUGUGUGUAACAUGUUGUGACUGCAGCUGCCUGGAGUUCAUGCUCUGAAAACACAGGCAAGUGGAAAAUGAGUUCUGUGUUCAGUUCCCAGUCCGAGUUUGAAUGCUCUCCCAUUGUGGUUUCCCCGCACAGUCUAAGCGUUCUGCUCAGAUGGGCUGAAGACAACUCUGACCACAGAAACGAUGAUGACCUGUAAACCUGACCAGGGUGUUUCCAGUGCAUGUUAGAAUAGAUUCCAGUCCUCUGGGACACUUGACUCACCCAUAAAGACAAAGAAUAAGUUGAACCUGCAUAUUUCUGCAACAGUUAUGUCCUUCAUCGAAGUCCAGACACCAAAUCCAUGCAGGGACAGAGGAUCAGUUGUGUUCGUGCUUAAGCUCAGCAGAUUCCACUGACAAGUAAUGACCCAGUUCAGCUCGGCUAAUGCUGAACAGCAUGUUGCAGGUUAUGACCAGGAAGCUUUACACUGUGUAUUUAAUGUCAUUCUCAUUCCUCUGCAGUAGAGAUUUUUAGAGGUUUAGAGGUCUUGUUUUAAAGACUCUUGGCAUGUUUUUUGUACUGCAGGCAUACUUUCACUGCAAAUACCUUGUGAUGCUCAGUAAAAUAUCCCAAGUAUCUCUGUUAA